UUCCUGAAGUGCAGGCAGAGCACCCCCCGGAGCCAUGGCCAGCCCUGCAGGCAGCCCCGAAGACGCCGGCAAGCUCCGGGGCAGGGAGGGCCGGCCGAGCAGGGCGGAGGACGAUGCCCCUCCGGAGGAGAAGAGGCUGAGGCUGGGCACGGAGGCAGGAAGCGCGGAGCAAGAGGAAGCAGGAGACGCGCCACGUCUGGGCAGGGAAGAGACGGGCACCCAGACAGGUGGCGACGGCAGAGGUGAUCUACUGUCCCUGCCAUUCAGCCUGGUCGAAGGUCAGGUUUCAGCAAGCCUGGCUGCCAGCAAAGCUGAGGUAGGAAGUGUGGUUUCACUCUUUUCCUUUGGAGGACAUUUUGAAGUGGUUUUCUUUUGUGAGGAAACGGCUCCGAGAACUCAUGCAAGUGGACCCUACGGCUUCCUUGGUCAGACUCAGCAUUCAGAUAUCAAAGCAGACUGCAGCACCUGUGUGGAAAUAGAGGACAGAAAAAUUUCAAGACAACAGAUGAAUUGUGAAAGAGAGCAGCUAAGGGGUAAUCAGGAAGCAGCGGCAGCGCCUGACACAAUGGCUCAGCCUUACGCCUCGGCGCAGUUUGCUCCCCCCCAGAACGGCAUCCCCGCGGAAUACACGGCCCCCCACCCCCACCCCGCGCCAGAGUACACGGGCCAGACCUCCGUCCCCGAGCACACGUUAAACCUGUACCCUCCCGCCCAGUCGCACUCGGAGCCCAGCGCCGCGGACACCAGCGCGCAGACCGUCUCCGGCACCGCCACACAGACAGAUGAUGCAGCACCGACGGAUGGGCAGCCCCAGACACAACCUUCUGAAAACACGGAAAACAAGUCUCAGCCCAAGCGGCUGCAUGUCUCAAAUAUUCCCUUCCGGUUCCGGGAUCCGGACCUUCGACAAAUGUUUGGCCAAUUUGGUAAAAUCUUAGAUGUUGAAAUUAUUUUUAAUGAGCGAGGCUCAAAGGGAUUUGGUUUCGUAACUUUCGAAAAUAGUGCCGAUGCGGACAGGGCGAGGGAGAAAUUACACGGCACGGUGGUUGAGGGCCGUAAAAUCGAGGUAAAUAAUGCCACAGCCCGUGUAAUGACAAAUAAAAAGACCGUCAACCCUUACACAAAUGGCUGGAAAUUGAAUCCAGUUGUGGGUGCAGUCUACAGUCCUGAAUUCUAUGCAGGCACGGUGCUGCUGUGCCAGGCAAACCAGGAGGGAUCUUCCGUGUACAGUGCCCCCAGUUCACUUGUAUAUACUUCCGCAAUGCCCGGCUUCCCGUACCCAGCGGCCACCGCCGCGGCAGCCUACCGGGGCGCGCACCUGCGAGGACGCGGCCGCACCGUGUACAACACCUUCCGGGCAGCGGCGCCCCCGCCCCCCAUCCCGGCCUACGGCGGGGUGGUUAUGCUACAUACCGUUACGCCCAGCCUACCCCUGCCACUGCCGCUGCCUACAGUGACAGAAAUCAGUUCGUCUUCGUUGCAGCAGAUGAAAUUUCUUGUAACACCUCUGCAGUUACGGACGAGUUUAUGCUGCCGACCCCUACCACCACACACUUGCUCCAGCCCCCACCUACGGCGUUGGUGCCAUGAAUGCUUUUGCACCCUUGACUGAUGCCAAGACUAGGAGCCAUGCUGAUGAUGUGGGUCUCGUUCUUUCUUCAUUGCAGGCUAGUAUAUACCGAGGGGGAUACAACCGUUUCGCUCCAUACUAAAUGACAAAACCAUAAAAACCUUCCAAUGUGGGGAGAAAGGAAGCUUUCCGAGGCCUGGGUAUUGCAAUACAUGCAGUAGUGCAUCAUUUUAGCAACUCUAAAAAUAAAUAAAUUAAUUAAAAGAGGAAAAAAAAUUACAUUUUUUAUCUUAUACCUCAGAUAUUUUGUUCUGUGUAUUUUACUAUUGUGGGUCUUUAAUUUCUGAAGGUUGCGUUAGUUUGGUUGCUGGCUGUAGGAGUUUUUGUGGUUGAUCUAGAGAGAUGCUAGAUAUGAAUAAGAACUGGUUUAGGGCCAUAUCCAGAGUGCUAUAUCGUGUAAAUGAAUUAUAUAUGCCGAAUAUUAAGCUAUUGGGGUUAUCAGCUGUUUGGGAAGAGUGUAAGUGACUGUCGCAGUCAUUUCUUUCUGCAUCUGCAUUAUUUUAGUUUAUGAAAGGGGAAG